CCCUCACCUCUCACCACUACACAGGUCCUUGGACUGAGGUGGUCACCUCCUCCUCGGCUCCACGACCACCAUGCUUCCCAGGAUCCAGAAAAGCAUCUUCCACCUCGGGGAGGAGGGUGGCGAUGGCCACCGCAGCGCUGAUGAUCAGCGUGGAGAUAACAUCGUUGACAUCCAGCGGGGCCUCGGGGGACACACCCACGGCCGCCGGCUGCGGCGAGUAGGGGGAGACGCCGCCUCCGACGUCGUCGUCGGGCUGCAGAUCCUCGUCCAGCACCACCCGCAACCGUGUCAUGUCGUCCUCAAGCAGAUGGUCAGCUCGCCGCCGGCCCGCCGCCGCCUUUCUGGCAGCUUCUCGGGGGCCUGCUUCCUGUGCCGGAGGGAGCUCAGUCCCGACAAAGACGUGUACAUGUAUAGGGGUGACCAGGGGUUCUGCAGCGAGGAGUGCCGGCGGCAGCAGAUCUUGUCGGACGAGGCCAGAGAGCACGAGGCCAUGGUCAGCAAGGAGCGUCGAACUCUGGCUCACCGUCGUCACCACCACGGGCCACGGCCGUCGCCGCCGGUGGCGAUCCGGGGCGCGCCAAGGAGAUUACUGGCGGUAGCCUAGCCUGAUUAUUGCAUAAUAAAGCAUGCACGAACAUGAGAUCCAUGAACAAAUCGAUCAAGAACCUAUGAUGCUGGAAAGUUAAUUACAAGUAAUCGAGGGGCAAAUCAAGAAAACCAAUAUGCGAGGUGAGGGUGAGAAUCUUGAGAUGGUAUGAAUAUGGUAGAGAGACGUUGAAGCAGGGCGCAUGUUUUUUUCUUCAGGCUGGUUAGUUCAGAUCUGUAGUCAUGAUGCAACAAAUGUAAUCUGCUCCUGGCCGCCUGUUAAUAUGUGCACAUCCGGUUAACUCUAGAUGGGAGAAAGUAAAAAAAAAGGAAUAAUCGGCACACGAAAAUUUGGUGGCAUGAUGCUGCAAAA